AUGGGUGGCUGCAUUCCUUUUCUGAAGGCAGCAAGGACACGCUGCCCCAGAAUCAUGCCCACUUUGCUCUUUUUGUCCGCCUUAAUUUUUUUAGUGAGCGUCCUGGGAGGAGCCCCAGGACACACUCCCGACAGAAGGAUGAAGAUGGUGUCAAUACACAGCCUCUCUGAGCUGGAGCGUCUGAAGCUGCAAGAGACUGCUUACCACGAACUCGUGGCCAGGCAUUUCCUCUCUGAAUUCCGACCUGACCGAGCUCUACCCACUGACCGUCCCAACACCUUGGAGAAGUGGUUUUUGAUUCUGAGAGGACAAGAGAGGGACGUCUCUCUCAAGACAUUUGGCAUUCGCCUGGAAGAGGUACUGGUGAACGAGCUCACCCGCCGCAAGCAUCAAGAACUGACAGCCACAAUGCAGAUAGAAGAAGCCACCACCGGUCAGGCUGCGGGCCGUCGUCGUCGGGGAAACGUGGUGCAAAGGAUGUUUGGCCGCAUCAGGCGCUUUUUCAGUCGCAGGCGGAAUGAGCCCACCCUGCCCCGGGAGUUCACUCGCCGUGGGCGUAGAGGUGCAGUGUCUGUGGAUAGUCUGGCUGAGCUGGAGGACGGGGCUCUGCUGCUGCAGACCCUGCAACUUUCAAGGGUUUCAUUUCCUAUUGGCCAGCGACUUCUUGGAUCUAAAAGGAAGAUGAGCCUCAAUCCGAUUGCCAAACAAAUCCCCCAGGUUGUUGAGGCUUGCUGCAAAUUCAUUGAGGAACAUGGCUUAAAGGCAGUGGGGAUUUUCACCAUUGAGUAUUCACCAUUGAGAGUGCGUAAGCUCCGUGAAGCAUUUGAUCAAGGUCUGGAUGUAGUGCUGGAUGACAAUCAGAAUGUGCAUGAUAUUGCUGCACUCCUCAAGGAGUUUUUCCGUGACAUGAAGGACUCUCUGCUGCCAGAUGAUCUGUACAUGUCCUUUCUUCUGACUGCAACUCUGAAGCCCCAGGAUCAGCUUUCUGCCCUGCAGUUGCUUGUUUAUCUGAUGCCACCUUGCCACAGUGAUACUUUGGAGCGCUUGCUGAAGGCAUUGCAUAAAAUUACUGAGCACUGCGAGGACUCCAUUGGACUUGAUGGACAGCUGGUUCCUGGCAACCGCAUGACCUCCACCAAUUUGGCUCUCGUGUUUGGAUCUGCUCUCCUGAAGAAGGGAAAGUUUGGCAAGAGGGAGUCCCGGAAGACAAAACUGGGAAUUGACCACUAUGUUGCUUCUGUCAAUGUGGUCCGUGCCAUGAUUGAUAACUGGGACGUUCUUUUUCAGGUGCCGCCUCAUAUUCAGAGACAGGUUGCCAAGCGUGUGUGGAAGUCCAGUCCUGAAGCUCUUGAUUUUAUCCGUCGCAGGAAUCUGAGAAGGAUUCAGAGUGCACGCAUCAAGAUGGAAGAAGAUGCUUUACUUUCUGAUCCAGUGGAAACCUCUGCUGAAGCCCGUGCUGCUGUCCUUGGUCAAAGCAAGCCCUUUGAUGAAGGUUCCUCUGAGGAGCCAGCCGUGCCUCCCGGCACUGCCCGUUCCCAUGACGAUGAGGAAGGAGCGGGUAAUCCCCCCAUUCCGGAGCAAGACCGCCCAUUGCUCCGUGUGCCCCGGGAGAAGGAGGCCAAAUCUGGCAUCGGCUACUUCUUUCCUUAGGUGUUUUUCCUCCUUUAAGGUGCCGGACAGGGGAAAAGGGUGGGGGUAGACCUGGGAUGUCACAGGAAACAUGAAGGAGAAUCUUUGAGAUAGAUCUGAGAGGAGUUCCACCUGAUGCUCGGGUCAGGAUAGGAAUUCCCAAUACACUGCCAGCCCCUUCACUGGGGAUGCUUGGUCUCCUCAGCUGGUAAAAGCAGAGAUGUUUCUGUGUCAUGCCCAGGCUCCCUGGUGCUACCUUGCCUUUCUCUUUUACCCUUGGUCUUGGCUUUCUCACACUGCAGCCCUCCUUUAAUUGAUGUUACAUUUGUGGUAAACACCUGUCCCAGAGAAGCUCACAAAUCUCGAGGUGCUUUCCCUCCCCUGCAGGGGAUUGCAUGUUUUUCCUUACUUUCCGCCCCUCCUCCCGAGAGCUCUAUUGGAAAGGCCCUCAAGAGGCAUGCUAGAACGUUAGGUCAGCCUACUGACAGCUGACAAUUAAUGCUAAAUCAUGUCACACCAACUCAUAGCCGUGUCCCCGCAGCAACUCCGCCGCCUCAGGAUCCCCAAACUCCCCCCAAAUUAUUGAGACCGAUGGCUCGUCAAAAAGCCACUCCUAAAUUCUGUGCAGUUUUGCUCAGGUCACACCAACGGGGAAACCUCAAGUGUAAGCCUGACUAGCUUUUCUGGGGUCAAAAGUUAGAGGAAAAAUUAGACUUUAGUACCUGGAUCUGUUUUAAAGACGGCUGGUGUUCACACCAUGUUGUCAACAAAACGGGCUAGUUUAGGUUCGGACACAUAGUUCCAAGUAGUUCAAGUCACCUGAUUACAAAUGUUCUUAUCUAUCGUCUCUGUAGUUCCUCUAUGCAGGACGGUACAAAUUUGCGGGACAUGCUCUGGUAACACACAGAUAUGGGUUAUGUAUGACAUCCAAAUUACAGCUGAUACUAAUGGGUAACAACUGCUGAGGUCCAUAGAGUGAAGAAUGUAUUGUAUUGAGGGAUAGAAACUGAUCAUACAAUGGAUAACAACCACAGAGCUCGAAGAUUUGUGAUUGUUAAAACUUCUCUGGCAUUUAAUCAUUAAUAAACAUUUGUGU